AUGGGGCCGAAGAAGGGCAUGAAGAAGGCGGAAGAGGCGGCACUCGCCGUGGAGGACCCGCUCCUCCUCGAGGCGGGCACCACCGCUGCGGGGUGGACAGAGCGUGGGGCUUCGAACACUAAGAAGAUCGUGGCCGUGCAGCAGGUGCUCGGCACGCUGUCGGCGCAGGUGGAGGAGUGUAGCAAGAAACUGGCCGGUAUCUACGAGGACGCCAACCUCCUCUCCUCGCUCCGCAUUCUGGACUACCGGCAGAAGAUGAACCCAACACCGCCCACACUGCCCACCAAGAAGCAGCGGUCGAAGCGCGACAGCUCCGCGAAGGUAGCAGGUCCACCUGUCGAUGAGAACAGCACCGAGGCGCUGGUGGCCGCGAUGGAUGAGAAGAAGCGCAUCAGGGUCACCACAGCCCUUGUAAAUCUCUUCAAGCGCAACAACGACAACCUUCCAUCACCAACACCACAGCAACAGCCGCCGCAGCAGUCAGCAAGGGUUGCCGCUGCGGUGGUCACGGUGUCGCCGCCGCCUCCGCCGAGCGGAACGCCACUGUUAUCCGAAGCUGCUGGAAGGCAGCACUUCGCACCGAGCCUCGUGUCGUCGGAGGCGCUUAGCAUGACGCUCAGCACCGAUCCGCGGCGGCCGAAGGACGUGCCGCCGGAGCUCUGGGAGGAGGUAUCGAAGCUGCGAUGCGCACGUGUAGUGACGGAGGAGCGCCUCGCAACGCUGACGAAGGCCAUUGAAACUCAGGUCGCGCGGUUUGAUUUGCUCAUGCUGAACCACAGCAUCGCGGCAUACGCGACAGAUGCGAUGGAGCACACAAUGCAGUUGCUGCGGCAGAAAAAGAGCUGA